GGCAUUGGGGGUUAGUGUUAGGAGGAGGAGGAGGAAAAGCCUUCACCCUGAUAUUCCUCAGUUUUGUUGCAUCUCGCGCCGUUUCCAGUGGAGCUCGUGGCAGUAGAUCCUGCUGGAUGUGUGCAGCUCGCGUCGGCUCUGGAUACGGAAAGCACGCGCUCCUUCCUUUAAAAGCUGGAAGUAUACGCGUGUGAGCGGGCGCGCGUGUCUGAGUGCGUGUUGGCUUGCCAUAUGAAUCACACCUGAGCCGGGUGUGCAAUUCCUGGGCGUGUAAAGCACAUAGAAGGCAGCGUGUCCACUUGUUUGCCGUGGGAAUGUUGUUAAACUAAACUUCCCCGCAGCGGCUCGGGCAGACGUGCGCUGCGCUCCGGUCGGCACUCUUUUCCUCCCUCUUCCCAACACCAGGAUGUAAUUUGGGCAACUUUUUGAAGGACCGAGGACACGCAGGACGAGUUUUAUCAGCUAACAUUUGAUUUAAUUGGGGAAUACUGUCGGCAGUCUGUCGCAGAGGGACGCCAGCGGCGGAUCCAGAGGUGAGGAGAGAGAGGUUCUUCAUGUCAUCAGGGUUCAACAGGCUUCAUCACUGAACAGGAGACUGAGGUGAUUGAUGUCACCAGGGAUCAACAGGCCUGAACACUGAAUAAACACGAUGGAGCGGUGGUGGGGGUGGUGUUUUGCCCUAGUCUUCGUGGCAGCUCUUUGCUACAGGCCCUCCCACGGUGAGAACGCAGUGUUCUCAUCCGAAACUUUGAUAAACAACGUGGUGGCUGAUCCCCACACGGGCCGUCUGUAUGUCGGCGCCGUUAACGCAAUAUACCAGCUGAACUCUGACCUUAACCUCGAGUUCCAAGCCAAAACGGGCCCGAAGAAGGACAACCGGCAGUGCACGCCGCCCGUCAACGACGCCUGCGAGGAGGCCGUGGAAACCAACAACCACAACAAGCUGCUGCUGGUGCACGGGACCAAAGACGUGCUGGUGGUGUGCGGCAGCCUCUUCAGAGGCAUCUGCUCGCUGCGCAACCUGAGCAAGGUGGACCACCAGCUGUACUUCAGCGACAACAAAGGGGAGAAGUCAUACGUGGCGAGCGCCGAGGAGGGCGUCUCUGUGGUGGGAGUGAUGUCGUAUUUCACAGACGAGAAAGACAACUUGACAGUGUUUCUGGUUGCCAAAGGGUACGGCAGCCACGACAGCACCAAGCUGAUCUCCACGCGAAUCCUCCAGGACCAUCGCGAUUGGGUGGUUUUUGACAGCAUCAUUGAGGCCUCUGCGGUCCAGGCGAAUCCCUUCGUCCUGUUGUACCUGCACGACUUCCGCUUUGCCUUCAAAGACCGCGGCUUUGUGUACUUCCUGUUCUCCCGUACGCUCGGGGUGCAGGACACCAAGAACUUCACCUUCAUCUCCAGGAUGUGCGAGAACGAUCACUUUUAUUACUCCUACACUGAGCUACAGCUGAACUGUAGCGCUACCAACAAGUACAACAAAGUUCAGGCUGCUUAUGUAGCAACUCCGGGGAAAGCUUUGGCUCAGAGUAUGACCAGCUCUAGCCAGUACGGAACAGUUUCAGCCUCUGACAAGGUGCUCUUUGUCACCUUUACUUCUGAUGAAGACCCGUCCACUUCAGCCAUGUGCAUGUACCCUCUGAAGGCAAUUAAUGAUAAGCUGGUGCAGAUAAUAGGAGCCUGUUACAGCAACAGCGGCAUCAUUGACCAUAAACCUGCUGUUUAUUCACCUUAUUCCUCCAAAUCUGAUGAGCUGUGCCUCAGCAACAAUCAGAAUGACAUGGCUCACAGGUACAAGUGUGGAGCAGAGUUCCUGCCCUCCCCACUGGCUAGUAAGGCUGAGUUCGCCCUAACAGCCGAGCCCUCGUUGACCCAUAAGGCUCACUUGACCGCCGUCGCUGUGGCAGAGGAAAUGGGACACGCUGUGGCGUUUGUGGGCACCGCCACUGGAGAGGUGCUGAAGGUGCAUUUGUCAGCCCAUCCUGAGGUGUACGGGCGAGCUGCUGGCAAAGUCUCUGGAGACAAGGUCAACAAGAACCUGCUGUUCGAUUCGAGCCUCGAACACCUGUACAUCACCACCGAGAAAAAGAUCACCAAGGUUCCAGUCCAAGCCUGCCAGCAGGAGACGAGCUGCCACUCCUGCAUCGGUUUGAAGGACCCGUACUGUGGCUGGUGUGUCCUGGAGGGAAAGUGCACCAGGAAGCAGGACUGCGGUAGGUCAUCAGAGCUGAACACCUGGCUGUGGUCACCAGAUGGAAAGUGUGUGCAGAUCCAGGGUUUCAACCCGCCGAACCUCAGCUGCAAGAAGACAGACCAGGUGGACAUCAGCAUACCUGCUCUCCCCGCACUGAGGCCGUCUGAUGACUUGCAGUGCGUUUUUGGCUCUUUCUUUACUGGAGCCGUGAAACAUGGCGGGCAGGUUACUUGUUCGCUGCCCGACCCUGUGGAAAUCCCAGCCACUCCUGACCAGCAGGACUUUGUGUCAGUUCCCAUGAGGAUUGUGGUGAAUUCAAUCGAGGUGACGUCAGGAAAGUAUGACUUCUACAACUGUGCUGCCACCGUCAGGAAGAACCAAAAUACACCGUGUAUAGCGUGUGUGACCAGUAAGUGGGGCUGUCAGUGGGACGCUCAGACUCACAGCUGCAGUGACGACGACCAUAAUGUGAAUGGAGAUUACAUAAUCAAACCCCAACAGUCCGACAGUUGUCCUCAGUUUGAGUCUCCGGAGCCGGCGUUGAUCCCUGUGGGCUACCAGAUCCCCAUCAGCUUCCAGGGAAGAAACCUGGACAGCUACAUGGACCGGACAUUUUUGAUCGGGACUGAGCUGAUGAAGCACAGCGAGCAGGAUGUGGCAAAGGAGGAGGAGACAUCAAAGUUCAGAUUCAGAGGAUAUAAGUUUGAAUACGACGAGCAGCAGGAGGUGAACGUAUCCUUCCACAUCAAGGACAGAGACACUGAGAGGAAGAUUGACAGCACCCUGACAGUCGUACUGUAUAGCUGCUCAGUGGGAAGAGAGGACUGCAGCCUGUGUAAACAUGCCGACUCCAAGUACCAGUGUGUUUGGUGCGCCACCUCACACAGCUGCGUUUACCGGGAACUCUGCCGUUCACCGCAGCCAGCGCAGUGCCCCAACCCAGAAAUCACUGAUAUCAGCCCUCGGUACGGCCCUCUGAAUGGCCGGAUCUCAGUGACCAUCAAAGGCUCCAACAUGGGAAUAAAGAAGGAAGACAUCAAAAAGAUCACAGUGGCCGGAGUGGACUGCAUUCACCAGGAGGACAGAUACUCUGUCUCAACCAGCGUGGUGUGUGAGAUUGGCCCGGCGAAGCGAAACCCACCGCAGGACCUCCCGUUUGAAAGGACCAACAGCGGACCAGUGGAGAUAACAGUUGAAGGAGAACGAUCGGGGACAUCUCAGGUCUAUUUUACCUACAGGGACCCCGAACCGAGAACAGUCAUGCCAGAGAGGGGUCCAGCAGCUGGAGGGACGGUGAUCACGAUCGGAGGCAAAGACCUGGACACGGCGACUAAAGAGGACGUUGCUGUGACAGUGGGAGGAGUUCCCUGUGAAGUCCUUUCAUUCGGCACAGAGAUUACCUGUAAGACUGGCAGGUAUCGUGGGCAGAAGGUCCCAUCGGACCGCUUAACAGUGACUGUGAAAUACGGGACGAACACCACCAAAGACAUCCACGGAGCCUAUCAGUACUCGGAAAACCCCAAGAUCACGGAAUAUAACCCCAAAGCCAGCUUCAUAUGCGGUGGUCGAAAGAUUGUGGUGUCUGGAAGCGGGUUUGAUCUCAUCCAGAGAGCCAUGAUGAAAGUCCAGCCCUCCCCUGACGAGUUUUCACACAAUUUGCCGCCUGAAGAGUUUGUGCAGGAGGCUCUGAGCAAGAACGACACAGUCCUCCAGUUUUACUCCCCGAUAGUGAACUCCAGCUACGAAACCCUCUCUCAGUCUCUCAGGAUUUACCUCCAGCUGGACAAUGUGAUCGAGGAGCUGAAGAGCUUCAACUAUCACCCCAACCCCACCUUCAACGAGCUCGCCAGGAACGUCAUCACAGAGACCGGCAUUAUCAUCGUGACUGGCUGGGGUUUCUCCAAGGCGAUGACAGCCAAAGAGGCCCAGGCGUUUGUUGGAGAUGCCUCAUGUCACGUAAACAUACUGCAGGAUGAUAAGCUGAUACUGGAGGCGCCUUCAUCCCAGCCCAGAGCCAGAUCUAAACGUCAGCGCAGAGACACAGUCAACGACCUGCUGGAGCUGGUGGUGAAAUUUGGCCACGGCGAGUGGGUUGUGGGUUCGGUCUACUACUCAAGAAAAGACGACAUUCCUCUGGCUAUAAUCAUCCCGGCGGUGAUCAUACCGAUGCUGCUGUUCAUCGCCGUGUCAGUCUACUGCUACAGGAGGAAGAGUCAGCAGGCAGAACGGGAAUACGAGAAGGUGAAGCACCAGCUGGAGAAUCUGGAGGAGAGUGUCCGAGAUCGCUGCAAGAAAGAGUUCACAGAUCUCAUGAUUGAAAUGGAAGACCACACCAGUGACCUGAGCGAAGGUCGCAUCCCCUUCCUGGACUACAAAACCUACACCAACCGAAAUUUCUUCCUGCCCUCCAAGGACGGCGCCAAUGACCCCAUGAUCACGGGAAAACUACAAAUCCCAGAAGCCCGCAGGGCCACUGUGGCUCAGGCGCUCAACCAGUUCUCCAACCUGCUGAACAGCAAAACGUUUCUCAUAAAUUUUAUCCACACGCUGGAGAGACGUCCAGACUUUAACGCCCGGUCUCGGGGUUAUUUCGCCUCUCUGUUGACGGUGGCGCUGCACGGCAAACUGGAGUAUUACACGGACAUCAUGAGGACGCUGCUGCUGGAGCUGAUGGACGAGCAUGUGCAGAACAAAAACCCCAAACUCAUGCUCAGGAGGUCAGAGACAGUGGUGGAGAGGAUGCUUUGUAAUUGGAUGUCCAUCUGCCUCUAUCAGUUCCUCAGGGACACGGCAGGAGAGCCUCUGUACAAACUGUUCAAGGCCUUGAAGCACCAGAUUGAGAAGGGUCCCGUGGAUGCCAAGAUGAAGAAGGCCAAAUACACGCUGAACGACACGGGACUGCUGGGAGAUGACGUCGAGUACUCUGUGCUGACUUUGCAGGUGUUGGUGCAUGGGGAGGGACCAGAUGUGACUCCGGUGAAGGUGUUGAACUGUGACACAAUCUCCCAGGUGAAAGAGAAGAUCAUCGAUCAGGUGUACAGAAAUCUGCCGUAUUCUCAGAGACCAAAGGUGGAGAGUGUUGCACUGGAGUGGCGUCCCGGCUCCACGGGUCAGAUCCUUUCUGACCUCGACCUCACAUCCCAGAAGGAAGGACGCUGGAAGAGACUCAACACACUGGCUCAUUACAACGUUCGAGACAACGCCACGUUGGUGCUGUCCAGAGUUUUGCACACACAGUCUUUCCACCAGCACCAAGACAGCCAUGAAGAGAAAAACGCCCUGCUGGAGGACGAUAACACUUUCCACCUGGUGAGACAGCCAGAUGAAAUUGACGAGGUGAAGUCGAAGCGAGGCAGCAUGAAGGACAAAGCGAUGACCAAAGCAAUCACAGAGAUCUACCUGACCAGGCUUCUGUCUGUUAAGGGCACUUUGCAGCAGUUUGUGGAUAAUUUCUUCCGCAGCGUGCUGUGCUCGAGUUCCGUCGUCCCUCCGGCCGUCAAAUACUUCUUCGAUUUCUUGGACGAGCAGGCGCAGAGACACGACAAUGUAGACGAGGAGACGCUGCACAUCUGGAAGACCAACAGCCUGCCUAUGCGGUUCUGGGUGAACAUCCUGAGAAACCCUCACUUCAUCUUCGACGUCCACGUUACAGAGGUGGUGGAUGCUUCGCUGCACGUCAUCGCACAGACCUUCAUGGACGCCUGCACCAAGACGGAGCACAAGCUGAGCAGAGAGUCUCCCAGCAACAAGCUACUCUAUGCAAAAGAGAUUUCCACGUACAAGAAGAUGGUCGACGAUUACUACAGGGGCAUCAGGCAGAUGGUUCCAGUCAGUGACCAGGACAUGAACACGCACCUCGCUGAGGUGUCCAGGCAACACACAGACAAGCUGAACACCCAGGUGGCCUUAAAUCAACUGUACCAGUUUGCCAGCAAGUACUACGAUGUGAUAAUCCAGUCGCUGGACGAGGACCCAGCAGCCCAGAACAAACAGCUCACCCUUCGCCUUCAACAGGUCGCUGCCGCCCUAGAGAAUAAGGUCACCGACCUUUGACGCCAGACCUCGAGGAGGGUUCGGGGGGAGGAGCUUAUGGAUGCUAAAAUACAGGAUUUUGUUUUCAACACAAGGACUCAAAGGAUGGCGAGCUCACGGACUCCACUGAAUGUUUAAUCAUGUAAUGACUGAAGUAUUUGGCAGGGGUGAGGGGAUUGGUCGGUGGAUCCAAAGGAAGGACUAAAGGGGGAGGAGUUAUGGGACGUCUGGAGGGGUGAGGAAAGUGUUAACGUACACCCGGAGUGGUGGAAACUAAAGUGUUGAUAUCUACUACACCUACAUGGCGUACUUCUGCUUGGCAUCUCAAAAAAGAUUGCGAGGAGAGAUGUGAAAUGGCGCGAUGUGAUUACAGAUGAAAGUUGUGUGAAAUCAGAGUUAUUUUUUUAAUUGUACCUGGGAUGUACGUUGGUGUACUCCUCGGACCUUGUUGUUUCUGUAUUUGGCUUCAAUGUGCCACAAAUUUUAAUUUCAUCAUGUAAGGACUGAAGGAAAAACGUGCCGCACAAGAAAUGAAGGCUUCAGAUUUUGGGAUUUUUUUGAAGAAUGAGCAUGAAAAUGAGCCAUUCCCAAAUAUGUCCUUUUUGGUACUCUGCUCUUUUUUGGAAGUGCAGCUGCUUUGGGCACCUUUUCUGACCACUUUCUGAAGUCUGGAAACUGUGGAUGUGGGGUGAAUUUCAUCCUAAAGUAUACAAGAUUAAGUUUGAAUAAAAUGGGAAAACCUCUACGGUAGAGCUGGGCGAUAGAACGAUAACGAUAUGUAUCGCGAUAUAACUUUUUCUCGAUAGAAAAAUUAAACUAUCGCGAUAGACCUCGCCGCUCUUGUCCUC